AUAAUCCCUUUAGGUGCAUUGUGUAAGACAAAAUGAAAGUUGCAGCAAGAUUAUGCAAUUUGUUGUUCACCACCAUCUCUUUCCUUUUACUCUUCUCAGGUCUUGCCGUUGAUGUUGAUUCUAAGGAUUAUGAUUAUUUUGCUACUACUAAGUGUAUAACAGAACCUCAUAAAGCACAAUAUGGAGGGGGCAUUAUAGUAAAUCCAGAAUUUGAUCACAACAUACAGAGUUGGACAGUGUUUGGAAAUGCAACAAUAGAGAAAGGUUUAUCAAAUAAAGGAAAUAGUUUCAUUGUUGCUAGCAACAGAACACAAACAUUGGAUAGUUUUUCACAAAAGGUUCAACUCAAAAAAGAAUUGAUAUACAUGUUUUCAGGUUGGUUUCAGCUGAGUGAAGGAAGAGACCUAGUUUCUGUUGUGUUUAAAAUAAAUGGAAGUGAAUUGGUAUAUGGUGGCCAUGUGACAGCAAACAAUGGAUGCUGGUCUCUUCUAAAAGGCGGUAUAGUCGCAAACUUCUCAAGCUCCGCCGAGAUUCUUUUCGAGAGCAAUAAUCCGAAUGUGGAAAUAUGGGCCGAUAGCAUCUCAUUGCAACCAUUUACUAAAGAAGAAUGGAGAUCACACCAAGACAACAACAUCGAAAGGGUACGUAAGAGUAGGGUUAGAUUUCAUGUAAGUAAUGAAAAUGAAACAGCAUUGGAAGGAGCAAAAGUUGUUGUAAAACAAACAAAAGCAAAUUUUCCAUUUGGAUGUGGGAUGAACUAUCACAUUCUCACAAACCGCGACUACCAGGAAUGGUUUGCGUCAAGGUUCAAAUACACAACUUUUACCAAUCAAAUGAAAUGGUAUAGUACGGAGAUAAUUCGAGGCCAAGAAAACUAUACCAUACCAGAUGCAAUGAUGGAAUUCACUAAAGAAAAUGGAAUUUCUGUGAGAGGUCAUAAUAUAUUUUGGGAAGAUGAAAAAUAUCAACCUGGAUGGGUGAAGUCGUUAACGCCAGACGAGUUAAGAGAAGCCGCGGCAAAAAGAAUAAAAUCUGUUGUUACAAGAUAUAAAGGAGAGUUGAUUGCAUGGGAUGUGAUGAAUGAGAAUGUUCAUUUUCAUUUUUACGAGGAUAAACUCGGUGAGAAUGCAUCUGAAGUAUACUACUUAAGAGCUUUCGAGCUUGAUCCAACAACAACAUUGUUUAUGAAUGAGUAUAACACAAUCGAGUAUAGCGGUGACAAGGUUGCUAGUCCAGCAAAUUAUUUCAAAAAACUUGAAGAGAUUCUGCAAUCUCCAGAGGCUUCGAAAAUGCCAUUUGCAAUUGGAUUGCAAUGCCAUUUUGCAAGUGGCAGACCGAAUCUCGCUUACAUGAGAUCAGGUCUAGAUUUUCUUGGUCAAACUGGAUUUCCUAUAUGGCUCACAGAAACCAGUGUGGAUCCUCAACCAGAACAGGCAGAAUAUUUUGAAGAGAUAUUAAGAGAAGGUUACUCUCAUCCAGCAGUUGAAGGGAUAAUAAUGUUUGCUGGUCCAGCACAAGCUGGUUUCAACUCUACACUUCUUGCUGAUGCAAAUUUUCAAACAACUCCAACUGGAAAAGUUGUGGACAAGUUGAUCAGUGAGUGGGGAAUUGGACCUUAUACAACAAUAACAGAUGGUAGAGGAAUUGUAGAUAUUUCCUUGCAUCAUGGAGAUUAUGAUGUAACUGUCACUCAUCCAUUAACACAACAGUCUGAAAAAUUAAAUAUAAGUGUUAGGAAAGAAUUUUCACAUAAAAACAUCCAUGUGAAAAUGCAUGCCUAAAUGCAAUAAUAUUAGUAUUGGUCUGCCUUCUAGCUUCUCAUGUGAGACAAAGAUCAUUUAUGUAAUAAGUGGUUUGCAGUUGCAACAUCCUUGUCCUUUUUUCGGUCGGUAGACGAACUUAUAAUAACCACUGUAAAUUCAUACACACAAUUCAGAAUAUCGGUGCUUGAACCUUGGUGAUGACGUCCAACCUAAUAAUAUUGGCUUAUAGAAGCUAUGAUUUGUGGACCAAUGUCCUUGUCCUGUAUUUGAUCAUAGGUUUUUUUUUUCAUUUCACUCAACUAAGCAUUCGUUUGGACGUACGAUGGAAGUGAUAUUUUUUCAUCCCAAUCCUCUCACAUUGUGAUAUUUAAAAAAUGUCCUACAUUUCUUUGGUGUAAUUUUAACUUUAAAAUCAAUUCAA